AUGGCUUUGGUUGCCUUUCGGCGGAGUCCUUUCAGUGGAGUGUCAAGUUUCCUGGCGUUGCAUGUUGCAGUCCUACUGUGUAAAAGACCUGUCGACUACUUCGAGAUACUCGAGAGGACGUGCAGUUCUAAAAACAGCGACAAGGCAGGCGCUCGAUCUUCCCUACUGCUGCAAGAUCCCUCCGUAUUGAGCAGCCUCAUUCUUGGUCGUCGACGCGAGGUGUUCAAUGGCCAGAGAAAAGAAUUUCCUGGGCGGAAUUUUCCCUCCGGAACUGAACUCCUGUCCGACAAGAAGGCCAUGGAAGCACAACAUCCAGGGCAAAACAUCAAUUUAAACUUAUCGGCCGUCUGGCUUGGUCAGGCAUGCGAAGACUCGAAUAAGGACAGCAGAUUAGCACACGGACCCGGGGACGACCUUCGUGCUCGUUGCCCGUGGAAUGCGCCAUCCGUCAAGUCAGGGUUCGACAGUUCAGAUGACGUUGGGUCCGUUGGUUGCCUUUUUCGAAGCCGGCCAUCUACCCGGAAUAAACGGCCCGUGCUCCUCUCCGGGUUCGAUGCAUUGCUUCCACCCGCUUCGCAGACCGCGGUAGUUCCAAUACAACAUUCCAACCACAUCGACCGCGAGGUACCACCAAAGUUUGUGGAAUAUCUGCCCGACUUCACCCUGGGGAUGUCUAGUGAGACGAGUCCCGAAUUGACCCACGCACAAGAAGAUUCCUGUGCGCGGAAAGAGCCAUGUAGUGCCUCGGAGGCCAAGACGAAAUACGAAUCCCUUGCCUUGUUUGCGGCCAACGGGGACUCCUCGUCACUCCGUCAACAAACCGUCAUCACUGCAGUAUCCAGGCGCACCAGUAACCUGGUCUGCGGUGCGAACCGGGUCUGCGGCGCCCACCACGGUCUGGGGCUGUGGGGCAUGAAGCAGGACUCAGUCCUAUCAAAGGUUUCACUGUUGCAUUCUUCCGCAUGCUACAUUACCAGCUCGGGCAUCUGUGGCGAGUUUCACUUGUGCAUCGAGAUUUAACUUGUUGGCCCGUCUGGCCGAGGCCAGCCUGGACGUGUCCCGAUGUCGAUCCGUGGUCUGCAAAUGCACCGCAACGACGGUUGAGGCUUAGGGGUCAGGGGCGAGCUGCACAAAUAUUUGGAUGAUCGUGAUAGAAAAGAGUUAAAUUUUGGAUCGCCAAGAGAGCCGGAAUUGCCUUCACGGGAUUCUGCAUGACAUUCAUUACCUAGUGGAAGGCAGUGCUGGUUCUCGAUCUGCAGGGAUAACUAGGUAGGUAGGAGGCGAACCAUUUUAGUCAAAUAUCGAAAUCGAGAUCGUGAAUUCGUUGAGGGGGGAAGGGGACCUGUUUGUUCAGAUACAAUUAGACUCCCGGCCCCCCAAGCCGAGUGCCGGAGAAAAUGAAAUUGUUAUAGUCC